AUGCUACGUCUUGGUAACGCUUCUCUAGCUUCAGCUUCCCACUCCGAAGAUGGCCUCGUAUGUUUUCAACAAAACUACUUGAAGAAUGGACUCGCUGACGAGGCUUGUAGUUUCAACAACAACGCUGCUCUCACUUCCAUCAAUCCCAGUCAAGGAACUUGUAGAUACCAUUCAAGUAAGAGAGUGAUCAGCAAUGGUCGAGUUGUGGAUGACAACUUCAAUGGGUGCAGAACAAGCAGAUAUGAGCCGUGGCUGACGGGUUUCCAGCAGCUGUAUCUUGUUGGUCUUUUCACAAACUCAGAACCAAGAAGAGGUCAAUUGGCGAAGACUUCUGAUUCUAUCAUCCUCAACGUCGACGGAGACGAUAACAAAUCAGCUAUAUUCGGCAAACACGACCUCGGAAAGCUUCUAGGCAGUGGCGCGUUCGCCAAAGUCUACCAAGCGGAGGAUCUUCACAACGACCGCGAAAGCGUCGCGAUCAAAGUCGUCCAGAAGAAGCGUCUAAAAGACGGACUCACGGCGCAAGUCAAGAGAGAGAUCUCCGUCAUGUGCGGCCUCCGCCACCCUCACAUCGUCCUCCUCUCCGAAGUCCUCGACACCAAGACGAAGAAGAUCUUCGUCAUGGAGCUCGCCAAGGGCGGCGAGCUGUUCCCCCGAGUCUCGAGCAACCGUUUCACUGAAGGUCUCAGCCGGAAAUAUUUCCGGCAAUUGAUCUCCGCCGUAAGGUACUGCCACGCGAGGGGAGUUUACCACAGUGAUCUCAAACCGGAGAAUCUCCUCCUCGACGAGAAUCGAGAUCUGAAGGUUUCCGAUUUUGGUCUCAGCGCGAUGGAGGAGCAGAUCAAAUCCGACGGGAUGCUACAUACUCUAUGUGGGACCCCUGCUUACGUGGCACCCGAGCUUUUAACGAAGAAAGGAUACGAGGAUAUAUGGUCAUGCGGCGUCGCUUUGUUUCUUCUCAACGCAGGCUACUCACCGUUUCGAGAUUCAAACAUCUCGGGACUCUACCGGAGAAUCCGAACGGCUCAAUACACCAUGCCGGAGUGGACUUCUCCGGAGCUAAUGAAUCCGGAGAAACGGAUCACCGUGGAGGAGAUUCUGAAGGAUCCCUCUCACAAAGUGGAUCCGAGCGAGAGAGAUCCUUCAAAUCUUGGUUCCAAGGUGAUCCGUUUGUCCCAAGCGCAUUAG